AUGUCCUCCCCCAGUCCGCCCCUCCUUCCCACCUACUCGCCCCACGGGAGCCCCGUCGACGUCGACGAGCGCGCGUCCCCGAUCCACAACCUUCUCAAGCCGUCGCCGCGCGGCUCGCCUUCGUGGGUUGAAAAGCACGGCAAGAACAUGCCGCUCAGCAGAAAGGAGAAGGAAGACGACCCCAUCUCGACCAAGCCGUCCCGGGGAAUCAACUUGCGCGCUGCGACCAUCAUCCCUAUCUGGAUCGCUCUCUCGUCCACCGUCAUCAUCUACAACAAGUACUUGUACUCAAAAGAGCAUCUCAACUUCCCAUAUCCAAUCUUCAUCACCUCGUAUCAUUUGGGAUGUGCGGCCCUUGGUACGCGCGUCCUCCGCCUCACCACCAACCUGAUGGACGGCCUCGACGAGGUGCCCAUGACUCGUGAAGUCUACGUCAAGCGCAUCAUUCCCAUCGGCAUAUUAUUCUCCGGUUCGCUCAUUCUGAGCAACUCAGCGUACUUGACGCUCAGCGUCUCCUUCAUCCAGAUGCUCAAGGCAUUCACACCUGUAUCCAUCGUCCUCAUCUCAGCCAUCUUCAAAAUCCAGGCGCUGAACCCUAAGCUCCUCGCGACUGUAGUUCUCAUCUCUGUCGGCUGCGCGUUAUCCGCGUACGGCGAGCUCCACUUUGAGCUGCUCGGCUUCUUGUUCCAGACCAGCGCGGUGGUGUUUGAGUCUUCACGCCUCGUAAUGAUCCAGGUCUUGCUGCAGGGGCUCAAGAUGGACCCACUUGUGUCGCUGCACUACUACGCGCCCGUCUGCUCCAUCAUCAAUGCCUGUUUCCUGCCCUUCACGGAGGGCCUCAAGCCCUUCCGCGAGAUCCCGCGCAUCGGCCUUUUCAUCAUGUCCACCAACGCGCUGGCAGCAUUUGGUCUCAACGUCGCAGCCGUGUUCCUGAUCAGCGCCGCGGGCGGCCUAACCCUGACGCUCGCGGGCGUGUUCAAGGACAUUCUCCUCAUCACUGCCAGCGUAGUAUUCUUCGGCAGCCCGGUCACGCUGGUACAGGUGUUUGGCUACUCGCUGGCACUCUCUGGAUUGAUGAUCUACAAGAACGCCGCUGCGAAGAAGUAG